ACAGAACAGCUGUUCCUUCCCAGUUAUAUAUAAUCAGUUUCUAAAUUUAAUUAGUUGAUUUUAUUUACAAUGCUAAAUAUACUUUUAAUGUUUAACAAGCUAAAAAAAUUAUAUAUUACAUUUAUUAAUUUUUCUUACUAACCAUGAAUUCUGCCGUAUCAAAAAGUAGCGAAGUUUCAAAAAAUAAGAAGAAUAAAAACGUUAAUAUGACAUCAAACUUAACAUCAGAAUUGGCUGACCUAAUAAAACGGAAGGCAGAAAUUUCUGAACAGUUAGCAAAUUUGGAAAAACAAAUAUACGCGUUUGAAGGAUCUUAUUUGGAGGAUACUCAGUUAUACGGAAAUAUAAUUAGAGGUUGGGAUAGGUAUUUGACAGCCAAUAAAGGAACUAAUUCAAAAGCGGAUAAAAGAAAUAGAAAAUUUAAAGAAGCUGAGCGACUGUUCUCUAAAUCAAGCAUAACUUCAAUGGCGAUUUGUAACCCAGAAAAAGCAAGUGAAUCUGCAAAUUCAGCUGCCAAUGAAGAUUCAAGUGACAAUCAGGUCAAUGGAAAUAACAUUACAACUACACACGAUUUUGAAAUUAAAAGUGAAAAUGAAAAUAAACAUUGUAUAUUCUAAAUUGAAUUUUAGAAAAUAUUAAAUUUUUCCAAAAUAUUGGUAUUAGUACCUGCCUACUUAAAUUUUAAAUACAUAUUUGUCAAUA